CGAACCAAUCUUGUAGCAUUUCCUUCCGCUGCGAACACCCAAACGGCAGCUUUCUACUAGGGGAAGAGAAACGUUUUCUUGUCUCAACGAUCGAUGCGUCGACCGCACGAGCAGCUGCCUAGAUUGGCGUCAGGUCUCGCUCUACUGGCCUGCCUCGCCGUGCUCGCUCGUUCUCGCGUUGCCGGCGCUGGUGGCAUGCCGGCGACCUUCAUCUUCGGCGACUCGCUCGUGGACGCCGGCAACAACAACUACAUCGUCUCCCUGUCGAAGGCCAACUUCCCCCCGAACGGCAUCGACUUCUUGGGCCACCAGCCCACCGGCCGGUACACGAACGGCCGGACCAUCGUCGACAUUCUAGGGCAAGAGAUGGGACUGGGAGGGUUCGUGCCGCCGUACAUGGCCCCGGAGACCACGGGCGACGCCGUGAUGAGAGGCGUCAACUACGCGUCCGGCGGCGGAGGGAUCCUCAACGAAACCGGCAGUAUCUUCGGUGGGCGCCUGAAUCUGGACGCCCAGAUCGACAACUACGCGAACAGCCGCCACGACCUGAUGGCGCGGCACGGGGAGGUGGAAGCGGUGAGCCUGCUGCGGGGCGCGCUCUUCUCGGUCACCAUAGGCUCCAACGACUUCAUCAACAACUACCUCACGCCCAUCUUCUCCGUGCCGGAGCGCGCCACGACGCCGCCGGUCGCCUUCAUCAGCGCCAUGAUCGCCAAGUACCGCCAACAGCUCACCAGGCUGUACCUCCUGGAUGCCCGCAAGAUCGUGGUGGCGAACGUGGGGCCGAUCGGCUGCAUCCCGUACCAGCGCGAGACGAACCCGUCGGCCGGCACGGCCUGCGCCGAGUUCCCGAACCGGCUGGCGCGGGCAUUCAACCGGCGGCUCAGGGCCCUGGUGGACGAGCUGAGCGCCGCCCUCCCCGGCUCGCGCUUCGUCUACGCCGACGUCUACCGCAUCUUCUCCGACAUCAUCGCCAACUACGGAUCCCACGGGUUCGAGGUGGCGGACUCGGCGUGCUGCUACGUCGGCGGGCGGUUCGGCGGGCUGCUGCCGUGCGGGCCGACGUCGCUGUACUGCGCGGACAGGUCAAAGUAUGUGUUCUGGGACCCCUACCACCCCAGCGAGGCGGCCAACGCGCUCAUCGCCCGCCGGAUCCUCGACGGCGGACCCAUGGACAUCUCGCCGGUCAACGUACGCCAGCUCAUCGUCACUUGAGUUCAACCGUUGGAUCACCAGCCGGUGCUACGGCUCAGCGCUACAUAUUGAUUUGCAUUCACUUUUUCCGAAAAGAGAUUAGUUUGCCUUUUUUCAACAAAAAAAAGAGAUCAGUUUGGGGUGAUUCAAACUCCGGUGUAACAUCAUUUUUCGUGUUUAGAUAGCUAGUAGUAGGCAGUAGCACAGUAUCUUAUCU